AUGGGUGCAGUGAAAAGUAAGUUAUCUAGUGUUUGCCCGCCUCGGUGUGGAUGCUGUAGACUUCAGAAGUUCGACUCUUAUGACUUAAAGGUCUUGCCGCGGCCUCCACGAUUAGUGUAUGGAAUAGACUUAGUUUAUACAGUUGAAGGCAUGGAGUAUAUCAAGAAUUUGUGGAGACACUAUUUCGGACAUCGUCAUAAGUACAUCAUAGUCCCAUUUCAGCCAGAUGUCGUCGAUGGAACAAGGCAAGGUGUGCUCGCCGUGCAAGGCAUCGAUUUCUGCAUCGAAAGUAAUGGGGAAAAUCAUCACACGAACAAAUUCAAUCUCAUGUCGAGAGAUGUUGACAGAUGUCUUGUUGUAAGACGAGGCCAGUCCUUCAAACUUGAUAUUCUGCUCAACCGGCCAUAUGACGCCAACAGAGACGCUAUUUCCUUUAUUUUUUACGUAUCUGAUGUGCAGAAGCGUGGGCCGUCAGAUGAAUCGAGCGCGGCGGUUCCUAUGCUAGAGAAGGGAUCAGAAACUAUAGGAAUAUGGAAUGCUGUGUAUGAGGGUCAAAUAGACUCACACCUUAUAGUAGCCGUCACAGCAGCCUCAGACUGUAUUGUGGCUGCUUGGCGUUUUGACAUUGACACCAGAUUGAACGGAGGUGGAUCACUAAGUUACACCCAUCCACAGCCGAUAUACGUGCUAUUCAAUCCUUGGUGUCCAAACGACAGUGUUUAUAUGCCAGAACACAGUCAUCGAGAAGAAUAUAUAUUAGAAGAUGGUGGUAUCAUGUACAGAGGAGUCUACAACAUAAUUAAGCCCAUACCAUGGUUUUACGCACAAUAUGAGAAGGAUAUUUUGGAAUGCGCGCUAUAUUUAGUUCGAGAGAUUGGAAAGGUCAAAGGACGUGCGCGGGGCGAUCCUAUCAGAAUUGUUCGAGCUCUUUCAGCUGCGGUUAAUGUUCAAGACGACAACGGAGUUCUGUUUGGUAAUUGGGGCAAAGAAUUAAGUGAUUACAAUGGUGGCUCACAUCCAUUAAAAUGGGUUGGGUCAUUGUCCAUAUUGCAGAAAUAUUAUGAAAAGAAAAAGCCAAUUAAGUAUGCUCAAUGUUGGGUGUAUGCUGGAGUCUUAACUACAGUUUGUAGAGCAUUGGGAAUCCCCUGUCGGCCAGUGACCGGAUAUGAUGCCGCACAUGACAGCCAGGGCAGCCUCACAAUUGAUAUCAUUAAAGACGAAGAAGGCAACACGCUAGAGGAUUUCACCAGGGAUUCAGUAUGGAACUAUCAUGUUUGGAAUGAGGUAUGGAUAGAUCGACCAGAUCUAGGAUCGGAAUAUGGUGGAUGGCAAGCUAUCGACUCGACGCCGCAAGAAACUUCAGAGGAUGUUUACCGAUGUGGGCCAGCGUCACUCCGGGCAGUACGCGACGGAGAAGUGCAAAAACCUUAUGACUCAUCUUAUGUGUUUGCUCAAGUAAACGCAGAUAAGAUCCUAUGGAAAUAUUCAGGGGAAAUUCAACCAUUAAAACUUAUAGGACGAGAUACGGUUUCAAUUGGACGGAAUAUCUCAACAAAAGUAGUAGGACGAAUGGAGAGGGAGGAUAUAACGAAUUUAUAUAAGUACCCUGAGAGGACUCAAGAAGAGCGUGCUACGAUGGAGAAGGCUCUGCGUAAAUCUGAAAGCAUUUUCGCACGAUAUUAUCUUAAUGACGUCUUCAAUGAUAUAAUUUUUGAUUUCGAACUAAGAGAUGACAUCAAGAUUGGACAAGAUUUCAAUGUGGUAUUACAUAUAAAGAAUCGUUCGACAAUUAACCAGCACCGAGUAAAGGGAAUACUGCGAGUCGAUGCAGUCACUUACACAGGAGUUACGGGUGACGGAGUGAAGAGGCACGAGUUCGACAUAGUGAUGACACCCGAAGCUAAAGAAAAAGUUACCUUACUUGUGACAUUCGAUGACUACUACAAGAAACUUAUUGAUCAAGCAUCAUUUAAUAUAGCCUGUUUGGCCUCUAUAGUGGACAGGAAUUUUGACUUCUUCGCACAAGAUGACUUCAGAGUUCGCAAUCCCGAUAUUAAAAUAGUCAUCGACGGAAAACCAACUUCGAAACAAGAGUUUUCAGUAACUGUAACCUUGGAAAAUCCUUUACCAAUACCAUUGAAAAAUGGCAAGUUUUAUAUACAAAGUUCAGGACUUGACAAGCAACUCAAGAUUGAGCUAAACGAGAACGUGGCUCCGGGUGCUUUAGCGACAGCGCAAUUUAAACUAACACCACCAUGGGCCGGUCGUCACCAAAUUUCAGCUAAAUUCACUUCAAAAGAAUUGCACGAUGUGGAUGGUUUCCGCUCAAUAAUGGUCUCACUGCCUGACAGUAAUGGAAUCCCCUUAAUAGAUGCAAACGAAUCUCUUGAUAUU